GUCUAAGCUCGCGUUGAUCUCACUGCCGAAUUUCGUUGCCAUUUGGAUGAUGGGGUGUGAAUACACCCCUCAGGAGAAAGCAGGGUGAAGAAAAACGCCGACAUCCCGAACAGCAGAAGAUUCUGCGCUGACGAGCUUCCUUGGCCCAUCUCCGAGCAUCUGUGCGGGGUUUUCGAGGCUGGACAGGAGGCUGGGAUGAGCGGCAGAGAGAAUUUCGUCACGGUUCCGUCGCCUGAAGGCCACACGCUUCACGCCCAGUGCUAUGUGAGGGAGGGCUCCGACUCUGCUGUGGUCAUCUGCCACGCACACCCCCUCUAUGGCGCCUCCAUGAAUGGAUAUGUCGAGGUGCGGACCAGGCCGACACACACACACACACGACCCGACAGCCAUGCAACCGAAAACCAGCGCUGCAAUCUGUGCAUUUGGUGCGGUGCUGUUUGUGCUUAUGACAUGCAGGAGAUGAUGUAUCACGACUUCAAAAGGCGGGGCUACUCGGUCGUGAGGUUCAACUUUCGCGGCGUGCAGCCGUCCACCGGGGUGCACGGCAACAUGGAGGGGGAGGUCAUCGAUGUCAACGUCAUGUGCGAGUACAUCAAGGCAGAAACCGGUCAGUCGGUCAGCAGGGCAAGCAAGAGAUCAGAUGCGCAUGCCCACGCCAUGCCAUGCCAUUCCUGUGUUUCUCUCCCUUCGCACACACGCACAGGGUGCAGUCGACUCCUCCUGGUGGGUUAUUCCUUCGGCUCAGUGGCGGCCUUCCUGGCCGCAGCACAACGCGACGACAUCGCCGGCGUGGUGCUGAUCGGCUACCCCCUGAGCCUCUACCACCCCACCUACACAGACGCCCUCCUCUCGCUGGCCUGCCCGAAGCUCUUCAUCAUCGGCGAUGGUGACGACGUCGCGCUGGGUGACGAGUGCGCGUGGGGGGUGUUCCAGACGUUUGUUGACGAGAGUGUGUGUGAGCCGAAGAGUGUGGAGAGGAUUGAGGGCGCUGGGCACUUCUUCCAAGAGAUCAGCCCUGCCAACAUCACGGAGCCGUUGGGUCGGUGGCUGGAGGGGCUCAAGGGGUGAGAGAGGUGGAGAGACGAGGCAUGUCUGCGCGUAGAUAGGGAGAGGUAGCACGUAGACAGAUAGAUAGACGGGCGUUUUGUAGAUGGGUGGGUGUUCAUCCGGCAGAGAGAGCAAUGGUUUUCCUGCGGCGCAUCAGUGAGUGAGAAUGCGUGUGUGUACAGCGAAAAAGAAGGCAUUCAGUCAGCGUCGCAGACUCGCAGAUCUGAUAUGCUCGGACACAGCAGCGAGCAGGUCUGUUCCCUGAGGACCUCAUCUCUCGAGGGCCCUACAGGGCACAAACUCGCACGUUUGUCUGCCAGGACCGGCCGUGAGGGACGUGGUGUUAUGGGUCGGGUUUGGGUUGUAUGGUGGUUUGGUAGUGCAUGUGCUAGUCGCAUAUGUUAUUGCGUUUGAUGGGCCGUUCCGUUUGUGUCAGACUGCUGAUGUCAUUCUUGCCGUGUGAUGCGCUUGUGUUUCUGCGAUUGCGUGUGCCUUUGCAUGUGUGCACAUCCGUAUUGACUCUAGAUCAGACGUGCUGGUCGCCCAUGCUUCCGUGAAAG